AUGGAACCACCGGCGUUGAGAGAAGGCAACGGCAGCAGUGCUCUUUCUGCGAGACUGGAACAAUACAGAGAUAAACUCCUCGUUCUCCAGUUACUCAUUUCAUUCGUUGGCGUCGUCGGGAACAUCAUACUUGUCAUAUCAAUCUUCUCUGCAAACCGCCUGAAGACUUUUGAGAUCUUUCUACUGGGACUGGCAACCUCAAACCUGGUCGAGAUUCUGGUUGUGGACGUCUACGACAUCAUAAUCGUCCACUCGGGGUCAUCGGCCCUCGUUUUGCACUUUUGCAGCACUCUUAGGUUUCUGAAAUUGUCUGGGGAGACGGCGACGAUGCAGUUCACGGUUCUGAUCUGCGUUUUCCGCUAUCAAAAGCUUCAGGAUGCCCGGACUCGAGUGAAGCUGCCGGUAGCCCUGGACAGCAUCGUCGUGGCCCGGACGCUCAGCGGGGCCAGUGUGCUGCUGGCCCUCAUCCUUGGAAUCCCCACCUACUUCAUGAACCUCGACCAGAACGUGGAGAAUACGACUCGCAACGAGAACUGCGCACUGGACAUCUUCCAGUGUCCCAAGAGGAGCUGUCCCACGCUCCAUGUCAUAUAUAAGUCCAUAUUCCUCGUUCUUCUGACUCUACUGCCGUUUCUUAUUGUCACGGUAACCAGCGGCCUCAUUAUUCGCAUUUUACUAGUCCAGCAGCGGACGUCAGCGGUGCAGCCUGCGAGGCUUCCUCCACAGCAGCAGCAGAUCCAAAGCCCAUCGCUGUUCAGGACCUUCCACAGAAGUACGAUUGCAGUCCUGGCAGCGAUGGCCCUCUGUCAGGUGGCAUGGGCUCUUUACCUGAUGCUGCACCUGGUACUCGACCCGUACACGUUCCAGUUCUGGCCUGAGGCAGAAUUCUACAUCACCACUACGUACGCCACCGUCAGCCCCUAUGUGUACGGUAUAGGAAACAAUCUUUUCUCUCUGAAAUGCUGCGUCAAAGUAAACUAA